CCCGGGUCACCUGACCAUAAGCCGCUGGACAUGGCGUCUCGCUUGGUUGCCGGCGAGCGGCUGGUGCGCGCCUUGGGCCCCGGCGGGGAGCUGGAGCCAGAACAGCUGCCCCGGAAGCUGCGGGCAGAACUUGAGACCGCGCUAGGGAAGAAGCCCAAGAGUGGUGAUUUUCCCAGUGGCUCCGCGCGCCUGGUUUCUUUCCGCUUGAUCCGAGAUCUGCAUCAGUACUUGAGAGAGAGGGGUUCCCCACUAUACCUUCAUGAGCUCCUAGAAGGCAGUGAAAUCUAUCUCCCAGAGGUUGUGAAGCCUCCCCGGAACCCAGAGCUAGUUGCCCGUUUGGAGAAGAUUAAGAUACAGCUGGCCAACGAAGAAUAUAAGCGGAUCACCCACAACGUCACCUGUCAGGAUUCGAGGCACGGUGGGACUCUUAGUGACCUCGGAAAGCAAGUGAGGUCAGUGAAAGCUCUGGUCAUCACCAUCUUCAACUUUAUUGUCACGGUAGCAGCUGCCUUCGUCUGCACUUACCUUGGAAGCCAAUAUAUCUUCGCAGAAAUGGCCUCAGGUACUCUUCUGUUCUUGGAAAGAACAUUGGCUCAGUAGACAUUUGCUCUACAGUGUUUGCCAGUUUCUGCCAGUCUGAGCUUCUCCAGACAAUACGUGAGAGAGAGGGAGGGUUCAGGCCCUUCUCUUCCACCAUAGAUCACUUUGUUGAGAAAUCUUAGAAUUUCUAUUGUUGAUUAAAAGGAAUGUCAACUGUGAGAAGAAGCGCAGGUGGCAUUUUAUAAUGUUUCUGGCAACCCAGUGUAGUUUAGAAGAUGCACUGAAUUUUUGUGGGGGUUCGUCGCUAUACCAGUGCUGAACUCUGUGGGCCAGGUAGCCUGUUGUGCCCACAUAGCCUGAAGCUUUCACA